AUGAAAGCAGUAACUGCUAUCAAUAGUGCAAAUUUAAUACGAAUGGAGGAUAGCUGGAGAAUAAAUGAAUCGGUUCCAAACGGAUUUCUUAAAAUAGCGAUUAGUUUUGAGUUAAAAGGACGGUCAGUGUUCGAAGUGAUGGAUUCCACGAAAGGAAAAAUGCCGGCGGGAAGCGAAAUUUCAUUUGAAAUUAACGCGAUUCGAGUUAUGGGAAAACAGUUGCUGGAGGCGAUGGAGAAGCUGGAAUCUGUGAAAAUUGUGCACUUGGACCUGAAGCCCGAAAACAUUUGCUUCUUCUCGUCCUGUAUCUUCAAGACUACUGUAACUGGAAAUGUGUGCUUUAUUCAGCCAUCGACAUUCCACGUGUGUGUGGUGGAUUUCGGAAAUGCUCGGACGAUUCGUCAGGAUAAGCCGCCAAAAUAUGCACUUGUCCAGACUCAAAACUACAGAGCACCUGAAAUCUUCUUGGGACUUCCGUUUUCAGUGAAAUCGGAUAUCUGGUCGUUUGGUUGUAUUCUUAGUGAGCUCUACACUGGCGACCUGCUCUUUUACGGAAAUUCGAAAAGUGACACGGAAGAGCUUCAAUUCGAAUUAAUGCAGAUGAUUGUUCAACAACCUCUGUCGUGUGCCAUGAAGCCGAAGAAAUCAAAAACACAAAAAUUCGGAUUAAAAACGGCAAUGUGUACAUGAAGCGGAAAUCGAAAUCAUCGUUUGAGCCGCCAAAGCCGCUUCAUAAGCAACGCCGUCCAAAGGAUUUAGAAGCGAUUCCACUAUUCGAACUUCUUGAAUAUAUUCUCAUCGUCGACCCGUCAAGGCGCCCAUCGUUACGUGAUAUUUCUUCGAGAACAUUUUUCAAAUAAUU